ACCAACAUGGAGCCUUUGUAUGGAGUCCUGUUCCUGGUGUUCAAAUGCUCCAACCUGAAGCUGAAGGAGUCGCCCUUGGUACGUAUGCCAUGGGCCAUGACGAUGGGCACUCUGGUGGUGGUGUCUUAUUUCCUUAUCUCCAGAGAAAUAAAUUAUGAUGUUAUUGUGAAAUCUCCAAGUGUUGCUUCUAUGGCUGAUGAACAUGGACAUCAGAGAUCCAUAGCUUUCUUGACUUACAGAGUAAAUGAACAGUAUAUUAUGGAAGGACUCGCAUCUAGCUUCCUGUUUACAAUGGGAGGUCUAGAUUUCAUAAGCCUGAACUGGUCCAGUGCACUAAACAUUCCAAAUCUCAGUAGAUUUCUUAUUUUAUUCAUUGGAUUCAUCUAUAUCCAAUUGAAAGUUUUUAUGGCUAGAGUAUUCAUGAGAAUGAAAUUGCUGGGUUAUCUGAUGAGUUAA